UUAAUUAAAAUUAUUCUUAUAUUAUUUAAUUGAUUAUUAAUCGAGAAACAAGUUAAAAGGAGAAGAUUAUCAUGACGAAUGUAAUGGACAUUAAUAAUGUAGGUGGACGAAUAUUAUUUGAUACUAGUGAUGCAAAUAAACAAACUGCCAUUUAUAACGAUAAUAAGUUAACGAACAUUAAGAAUAAUAUCGUAAAUAAACAAAUGGACGUUAGCAAUAUAAGUGAACACAUGUCGACAUGUAGACAUGUAGACAAGAUUACACAUAAAAUGGAAUCCAACAUUGUCGAAGAGAAAAAAUGGAAACGAAAUGGACUCGUUUAUCAAACAUUAAUAAACAUAUGUGCCGCUAUUGUUAUAAUGGCACCAACGAUGACUGUUGCUUACAGUGCCGUGGCGGAACCUGCGAUGACAGCUCCAAAAACCGACGAUUUACAACUUGAUGCUGUUCAGGCAAACUGGAUGGCUACCGCAUCUGCGAUAAGUAUACCUUUUGGUUCCUUAAUUUCGAGCCUCGCGUUAAGUCGAGGAAGGAAGAUCGGAUUAUUCGUGACAUCGUUAGUCUCACUGACGGGUUGGGUGACGAUUUGCACAUCGAACAGUUACGAGCAAAUUCUGAUAGGGAGAAUAAUUACUGGUAUAUCUGUGGGCUUGUCAGUCAUUUCGACGACACUAUAUGUGGCGGAAAUAGCGGAAACAAAGUGGCGACACGCGAUGCUCUCGUCGAUAAGCAUAUCUGGCAAUUUCGCUAUUCUCAUCGUUUACAUCUUUGGAUAUAUUUUCAAGGAUAACUGGCGACUAGUAGCCAUGAUGUGUGGUCUAUUCUCAGCGGUGGCAAUUGUUUUAAUUUUGUUAGUGAUACCCGAGUCACCACUAUGGCUACGGGAUAAAAAUCGAGCCGAGGAAGCGCUGGAGAUCAUGAAAAAGUUCCGCGGAAUACCAAAGGACCAACCGGCUCCAGCAGAAGUUCUACUUGAACUGAAGCCGCGGCCACAGAAGAAAAAUCAGAAUCUGCUAAAAUACCUGAUAAAGAGAAAUUCCCUGCUGCCAUUCAUCAUAAUAGUCAGCUACUUCUUUUUCCAACAAUUCUCUGGAAUCUAUGUUGUCGUAUAUAACGCCGUUGAAAUUAUGGAUAAAUCUGGAAUCCAAAUAGAUCCUUACAUCGGCGCCAUACUAAUAGGUGUCGCACGUUUCAUAGCCACUCUCGUAGUGGCCGGUUUGUCCCAAAAAUUUGGUCGACGAUUCCCGUCGAUUAUUUCCGGUAUCGGAAUGACAAUUUUUAUGGGCGGCUUGUCGCUCUAUCUCUUCCUGAUCGAAAACGGAACUGUAAUAUCAGAUAACGGGAUAAUCCCAGUAGCAUGUAUGAUGUUAUUCGUCUUCAGCUGCACUCUGGGUUAUAUGGUGAUACCGUUCGUCAUGGUGGGCGAAAUAUAUCCAUCCAAAGUCAAGGACGUAUUGUCCGGUUUGUCGAUUGCUAUAGGUUAUAUCUUUAGUGCAAUAACUAUUAAGACGUAUCCAGACAUGUUGAGACUGAUGAGUAUGCAAGGUUUAUUUCUCUUCUUCGCAAUUAUCUCUUUAUCCGGUGUGAUAUUCAUCUUUUUAUUUCUACCCGAGACAAAAGGAAAAACUCUACGCGAGAUGGAGGAUAUGUACUCCAAGAAAAAGGUUCUUGAAUUACCGACGGAAGGAGAAAAAGCUUCAAACACAACCUUAGAAAGAGUCUUCCCUAUCUAUUGCUGUGCAACAUACUGGAUCGUCUUGAUUUCGGGAAUCGCCAGGAAUCAAAAUCCCGAUUUGUCCGAGUCCCAAUAUUAUCGAAAGGAGGAGACUAUCAUGACGAAUGUAAUAGAUAUUAAUAACGCAAGUAGACGAAUAUUAACUGAUAUUAAUGAUGCAAAUAGACAAACUGCCAUUAAUAACGCUAAUGAGUUAAUGAACGUUAAUAAUAUCAUGAAUGAACAAAUGGAUGUUAACAUUAUAAAUGAACACAUGUCGACAUGUAGACAUGUAAACAAGAUUACACACAAGAUAGAAUCCAACAUUGCCAAAGAGAAAAAAUGGAAACGAAAUGGAGUAAUUUAUCAAAUAUUAAUGAGCUUAUGUGCCAAUGUUGUUGAAAUAGGUACAAUGGUGAGUUUUGGUUAUAAUGCCGUGGCGGAACCCGUGAUGAUAACUCCAAAAACCGAUGAUUUACAACUUGACGCUGUUCAGACAAACUGGAUCGCUACUGCAUCUGCGUUAAGUAUACCUUUUGGUUCCUUAAUUUCGAGCUUCGUGAUAAGUCGAGGAAGGAAGAUCGGCAUGUUCGUGACAUCGUUAAUCUCACUCACGGGUUGGGUGACGAUUUACAUGUCAAAUAGUUACGAGCAAAUUCUGAUAGGGAGAAUAAUUACCGGUAUAUCUACGGGCAUGUCAGUGAUCGCGGCGACUCUAUAUGUGACGGAAAUAGCGGAAUCAAAAUGGCGAGGCACCAUGGCCGCGUGGAUCAACAUUUCCGACAAUAUCGCUGUUCUCAUCGUUUACAUCUUUGGAUAUAUUUUCAAGGACAAUUGGCGACUAAUAGCUUUGAUGUGCGCUCUAUUCCCAGUAGUGGCGAUUGUUCUGAUUUUGCUAGUGGUAUCCGAGUCACCACUAUGGCUGCGGGAUCAGAAUCGAUCCGAAGAAGCGCUGGAGAUCAUGAAAAAGUUCCGCGGAAUACCAAAGGACCAACCGGCUCCAGCAGAAGUUCUACUCGAACUGAAGCCGCGGCCACAGAAGAAAAAUCAGAAUCUGCUAAAAUAUCUGAUAAAGAGGAGUUCCUUAGUGCCAUUUGUCAUUAUGAUCAGCUACUUCUUUUUUCAACAAUUCUCCGGAAUCUUCGUUGUCAUAUAUAACGCCGUCGAGAUUAUGGAUAAAUCUGGAAUCCGGGUAGAUCCUUACAUCGGCGCUAUCCUGACAGGUGUCGCACGUCUCAUAGCCAGUCUUCUAACAGCCGGCGUGUCCCGAAAAUAUGGUCGAAGAAUUCCAUCGAUGGUUUCCGGUAUUGGGAUGACAAUUUCCAUGAGUGGUUUGUCGCUCUAUCUCUUCCUGAUCGAAAACGGAACUGUCAUAUCGGAUAACGGGAUAAUCCCAGUAGUAUGUAUGAUGUUAUACGUUUUCACCAGCACUCUGGGCUAUCUGAUAAUACCGUAUAUCAUGGUAGGCGAAAUAUUUCCAUCUAAGGUCAAGGAUGUACUGUCCGGUCUGUCGGUCGCUAUAAGUUAUCUCCUCAGCGCAAUAACCAUUAAGAUAUAUCCGGAUAUGUUGACAUUGAUGAGCAUGCAAGGCGUAUUUCUCUUCUUCGCAAUUAUCUCUUUAAUCGGCGUAAUAUUCAUCUUUUUAUUUUUACCCGAAACAAGAGGGAAGACUCUGCGGGAGAUUGAGGAUAUGUUCUCCAAGAAGAAGAUUUUUGAAAUACCGGCGGAAGAAGUAAUCGGAGAAGAAGUUCUAUAGUAGAUGUGGUCCGCUAAGAAAUUAAGAAUAUUUAUGAAUGAGAGAAAUAAAUCACGAAUUAAUAUUACUAUUAAAUAUGUAAAGGAAGAUGAGAUCAAACCACGCAAUGUUGUGUGAUUGAUGAAAUAAAUGUCACAUCGUUUUAUGAUGUUUCGAGUUGCAAUGAUUA